GAGUGUGCAGUCACCGGCAGGAACUACACCUAUGGUCAGGUGGUGGACGCCGUGGCCAGGUGGGGCGGGUAUCUUGCAAUGCUUGGGAUGCAAAAGGGCGACAGAAUGGCAAUAAUGAUGCUCAACUAUCCAGAGUAUAUCCUGGUCAUGCUGGGGGCCAUAUCUGUCGGUAUCCCCGUCACUGUUAUUAAUUCCUCGUACACUGCAGAGGAGGUGUGCCAUCAACUGAAGGAUAGUGACGCUUCCUUGGUGGUGCAUGACGAUGCCACAGAGAAAGUGAUUGAAGCUGCGCUCACCCUCCUCAAGAAGCCUUUGAGGAGGGUUAUCAACACGGAUGCGUCGCCUCCAGCCGGAAUUCCCAGUCUUAGAAGUCUUCUGCAAGAUUCCUCCUUACACCUGGCAGACCCAAUAGAGGUGAGCGGAACGGAGACAGCGCUGUUGCCGUACUCAAGUGGUACUACAGGGAAGCCGAAAGGUGUUGAAACGUCACACAACGCCCUUAGCAGUAACACAGAGAUUUAUACCCACCCAAAUUUCUUCACUUCAAAGUCUCCUACAGAAUGCCACCAAGACGUCUUCCUGUGUUACCUGCCUCUGUUCCACGUGUACGGCAUCCUGCCCAUCAUGAUGGUUGCCCUGCAUACUGGCGUAAAGGUAGUCACCGUGCCUAAGUUCGACAUUAAGGCUUUUGUACCUCUGAUCGUCAAGCAUAAGGUCGAAAUGGUCCAUACUGUCCCGCCAGUGCUGAACUUUAUGAUCCAGUCACCUGACGUCAACUCGGAGUCUAUGAAGUAUGUGAAGACAUUACUGUGCGGGGCAGCGCCUGUGCCCCAGCCAUCAGUGAAGAUCCUCCAAGAAAAAACAGACAGAUCACUCUUCUUCCAGGAAGGUUAUGGUAUGACCGAGGUGCUCAUCUCUCAUAUAACACCUACCGGAUUCAAUCACGCUCCUUUGUGCAUCCUUCCCAAUGUCAAGUGCAAGGUUAUUGACGUCGAGACUGGGAAGUCACUGCCAGCCAACGCAAAAGGAGAGAUAUGCUUAAAGUCGCCCUCGAUGAUGACGGGUUACUUGAACAACGAAACUGCCACUCGAGCUACCAUUGACGAAGAUGGGUGGGUGCACUCCGGGGACAUCGGCUACUACGAUGAUAGUGAAAGCUUCAACAUCGUGGACCGUAUCAAGGAACUUAUCAAAGUCAAGGCGAUGCAGGUAGCGCCUUCUGAACUUGAGGAGGUACUUCUGCAACACCCUAAGGUGAAGGAGGUGGGGGUGACCGGGGUGCCUCAUGACCGGUUCGGAGAAGCGCCGCGGGCAUAUGUGGUUACCUCAACUCCUACUAGUGAGAAGGAGAUACAUGAGUUCAUGACUUCGCAUGUCGCUCCCUACAAGCAGCUGGCGGGCGGCGUGGUCUUUGUCUCCGAACUGCCCAAAACUGCCUCUGGAAAAAUACUUAGAAGAGCACUGAGGGAACUAUAGAAAUGUCUCGUUACUACAGCGAUGUGCUGCCUUACAUGCAUAUCGUAAGACUCGUUCCAUACUCUAUAAAAAAUCUCCACUCACAUAUACGUACCUACACGUCUUAUUCUCCGUAUUUUGUGUCCGUGCAGUGACGCAGUGGUUCUUGGUUCAUGAAAGUAACAUAAUGUCACUUAACUUUGAUAAAACGAGUCAUGUCUCAGAGACAUUCCUCCCAGUCGUGGUGGUUUUACUAAAAUGAAAAAUUAAGAAUAGAUAUAAUUUUCUAUCACUAUUUUUCAAUGCUUCCUUAAUCUGUCUCUUGGAAAGGUUCAACAGCAGAAGUCAUCAAUUCUUCUGCAAUAUCGCAUAAACCCAAACUCUCGAAGUUAUAAUAAUGAAGUGAAUUGACUCUAUAUCAGAGAACCUUUAUUUUCCUCACCCACAACCCUCAAUCGCUCACUCAUAUAAACUGAAAACUUAAUCGAUAUUUUGUCACUUAUAAUGCGUGAAUAAAUACAAUUAAGUAA